AUCUUUUGAUCACCCUUUUGAACAUAUCUCAUCCAAAAAUAUUUUACUCUUCUAUUCUUUCCACCAUGAUGAGGCUAGAGUGGAGAAGGCAAAACGUUUCUGCUAUAAACAGAAAAAGUUAGGACUCACCCCAUUAAAGUCAUGUCAAAGAAAUCUAUCUCAUAUUUAGCGGCACCAAGGACCUGCCACCGAAAAACGAAGUAGCCCAUGUGUCAACACACCACCAUCCUAAUUAAAGCAACAACAUUAUUGCUCAAACAGCAGACAGAAAAAGCCUUGUCACAAAGUCCAAACUUGCACCUAACAUAAACUUGCCGGAAAUUCUCUGUCAUGAAGUUUCUAUUUGGAAGAGUGAGGUCUUCGUUGUCAUAAAGUGCAACCCCAUGUCCUUAUUACAUAUUGGAUUUCCUUUCCUUUCUUCCUUGUCUUGUUUCAUUAUUUGCACAAGGGAUAAUAGGGGUCAAGAACUUAGUACAAACAUUGGGAGUAGUGAGAUCUUAACUGGUAUAGAUGAUGUUUUUGAACCACGAGAAGGUUUCAGCUGAAAGAUGUAAACGUCGUUGAUGACAAGAGGAGUUUGGUUUGAACUUGAAGGAGGAAUAUGAUAGUGGAAUAUCACAAGGAAAGCCGAAAAUCAAGAAAUAGAAUUGUAGAGUACUAGUAUACAUCUCAUGCAAUUAGUUAAUGGAUGAAUUACCUGGCUCUGUGGGCACCAGCGCUAGCUUCAGUCUGAGAUUGGGCCAGACCAUGUUCUCUUCUGCUUCCCUUCUCUUUAUGUCUCUGGGGGUUGAAUUCUACAGCUACACGGCUUUCUGCUAUUUGGUGACAAUUAUGGGGUUGGUCAUACCAUGGAGUUUCACAUUAGCAUUAGUAGAUGGAUAUUCCGUUCUGGUCAAAUGCCCCAUUCGUCAACCAGGAAUACUGUUGAUUAUCGUUGUGGGAGAUUGGGUAUUAUCAACCCUCAUACUAGCAGCAGCUUGCUCAACAGCUAGUGUUGUGGAUCUCCUUCUCAACACCCAUGGGUCUUUUUGCCCUCCAAAGCUUUGUAGCAGGUACAGGAUAUCUGCAGUUAUGGCUUUUUUGUCAUGGUUUCUAUCUAUGGCAUCCUCUCUAUUUAACCUUUGGCUAUUACCCUCUGUGAUUCUCAUUUAACUCCCCUGUAAAGUUAUUAGAUUAAUCAUUAUUUAUUUUGUAUUUUUGCCCCUUCAAUUAUAGCAUGAGAAAUAUCAGGGGGGCAGGAUUUUAAAUGUUGUAUAUUUAUAGUUACAAAACUCAUGUAACUUGUAUUUGGAAAAGUUCAAAGUAUAGAGGAGCUCAAUGUUGAACCGUA